CCCUCUUCCAAUCUCAGCCUUUCUCUCUCCCUGUCUCCACGUUUACGCAUUUUUUACUGAAUUGGAGACCCAUCCUCAUUCUUCCAUUAUUAUUCAUUUUUAAUUACUAAAGUAUAAUUUAUAUGUAUAUUUUUUUCCCAAUAGUAAUCUGUAUAAACUUUAGAUGAUAAUCAAAUUUAUAUGUCGCACUCCUUUUCUUUCACCAAGAACUUCAUUUUUUAGCUCAAAACGUCACUUCUUGUCUUGCCGUCCAGUGAAACUCAGUUUCUGCCAAAAUCAAGGCAAAUUGACCAAGAUUAGGUGUGGAAUUAAUCUAAAUACAAGGUCAUCAAUGAGUUGCUCUGCAACUCCGGCAAUGGCAAAGGAGAAAGAAAUGGUACAAGUGGAUAGAAUAUUAGCUGCAAAAGAGGAUGACUAUGGUGGGGUGACGGUUGAAAUGACUAAUGAGCCAUUGGACCCUUCUGUCUUUGCUUCUUUGCUUAGAGCUUCACUUUCUCAUUGGAGACAACAGGGUAAAAAAGGUGUUUGGAUCAAAUUGCCUAUUGAGCUUGUAAUGCUUGUUGAACCUGCUGUCAAGGAAGGAUUUAUUUACCACCAUGCAGAACCAAAAUACUUGAUGCUUGUGAGUUGGCUGCCUGAAACUGCUAACACUAUUCCAGCAAAUGCUACACAUAGAGUGGGUAUUGGUGCUUUCGUCGUGAAUGAAAGGAAUGAGGUGCUAGUUGUCCAAGAAAAGAGUGGACGAUUCCGUGGAACCGGUGUGUGGAAGUUUCCUACCGGAGUUGUUGAUGAGGGUGAAGAUAUAUCUGAUGCAGCUGUCAGAGAAGUGAAAGAAGAGACAGGGGUUAAUGCGAAGUUUGUAGAAUUACUGGCAUUCAGGCAAAGUCACAAGUCAUUCUUUGACAAAUCAGAUCUAUUUUUCGUCUGCAUGCUGCAACCUCUUUCCCAUGAUAUCCAGAUGCAAGAGAGAGAAAUAGAGGCAGCCCAGUGGAUGCCAUUUGAACAAUAUGCUGCUCAGCCAUUUAUCCAAGGACAUGAUCUUCUCAGAUACAUCUCUGACAUAUGCUCGGCGAAGAUGGAGGGUAGGUAUACGGGCUUCUCACCAGUUCCUACAGUAACCGGUUUUUCUGCAAAGAAAACCUACUUGUACAUGCACAGCAAUGUUGGAACAACCAGUAUGCAACGACCCCUAAUGUGAAAAAAAUUGAUUCUUCCCUCUCCCAAAAGUUGAAAAAGGAAGAAAUAUGGAUAGAAAGUUCGAGUCACUGUGACUUCAAUGAAGUUUAUAAAGGUGCAAUUCUUUUUUGGAAUAAACAUGGGAUCAAAAGUGUUUUGUGAUGGGAAAAUUGGCUUUCAGGUUUACAUUUUUGUAUGUGAUACAUGAUGCUUCAAGUGUACAUCAAGAAUUAUUUGUGUAUUCAA